AUGCCACUCACAAAUUUUGACGUGUCAGAUUUUAGAUUUGACUGGUCUCCACGUCAAUACUUUAUAAAAUUAAUUAUUACCUAAAAUAAUUAAUUUUUACGCUACAUUAAGACAAAACAUGUGUUAAUAUUAUAAAUUCAUAUAAGUGCUCUAAAUAUUUUGCUGAAAAAAACGUAAAGUUUAUCAAAACAAAAUGUUAACUAAAUUCGAAACCAAAUCGGCUCGAGUUAAAGGACUCUCUUUUCAUCCUAAAAGACCCUGGAUUUUAGCUACACUUCAUAAUGGUUGUAUUCAGCUUUGGGAUUAUCGUAUGUGUACUCUGUUGGAAAAAUUUGAAGAACAUGAUGGUCCUGUAAGAGGCAUUUGCUUUCAUAAUCAACAGCCGCUUUUUGUAUCUGGUGGAGAUGACUAUAAAAUCAAAGUAUGGAAUUACAAACAAAAGAGGUGCUUAUUUACACUUCUGGGUCAUUUGGAUUAUAUUCGUACUACUAUGUUUCAUCAUGAAUAUCCCUGGAUAUUAUCUGCAUCAGAUGACCAGACAAUCCGAAUCUGGAAUUGGCAAAGUAGAACUUGCAUUUGUGUAUUAACUGGACAUAAUCAUUAUGUUAUGUGUGCUGCAUUUCAUCCAACUGAAGAUUUGGUUGUCUCAGCUUCUUUAGAUUCUACUGUUAGAAUUUGGGAUAUUUCAGGUUUAAGAAAGAAAAAUGUAGCUCCUGGACCAGCAGGACUUGAAGAACACCUGAAAAAUCCCGGUGCUACAGAUUUAUUUGGCCAGGCAGAUGCUGUAGUGAAGCACGUUUUAGAGGGCCAUGAUAGAGGUGUUAAUUGGGCUAGUUUUCAUCCAACUUUGCCUCUUAUAGUUUCUGGUGCUGACGAUAGACAGGUUAAACUAUGGAGGAUGAAUGAUUCAAAAGCUUGGGAAGUUGAUACAUGCAGAGGCCAUUACCACAACGUCUCUUGUGUCAUCUUUCAUCCACGUCAAGAGUUGAUACUUUCAAAUAGUGAAGACAAAAGUAUGAGAGUAUGGGAUAUGGUUAAAAGAACAUGUUUGCAUACAUUUAGAAGGGAACAUGAAAGAUUUUGGAUCAUGACAUCUCAUCCUAAUUUGAACCUUUUUGCUGCUGGUCACGAUAAUGGAAUGGUUAUAUUUAAACUUGAACGCGAACGUCCAGCAUAUACAGUUCAUGGAAAUCUAUUAUACUAUGUUAAAAAGAAUUUCUUAAGGAAAUUAGAUUUUACAACAUCUAAAGAUGUACCUGUUAUACAACUUCGUGGCGGAGGAAAAAUUCCUGUGUACAAAAUGUCCUUCAAUCCAGCAGAAAAUUCAGUUCUUCUCUCUACUCGUACAUCAAACUUGGAUAAUAGUACCUAUGAUUUGUAUACAAUACCAAAAGAACAAGAACGUGAAGAUCAUGUACCAGAAGCAGAAAGUAAGAGAUCAUCUGGAUUAACUGCAUUGUGGGUAGCCAGAAAUAGAUUCGCAGUUUUGGAUAGAAGCCACCAAUUAAUUAUUAAAAAUUUAAAAAAUGAAGUAACUAAAAAAGUGCAGACUCCAACAUGUGAUGAAGUAUUUGAUGCCGGCACUGGUAUGCUUUUACUUAGAGACGCUGAACACGUAACAUUAUUUGAUGUUCAGCUAAAGAGAACUUUAGCACAAGUUAAAAUCAAUAAAUGCAGAUAUGUAGUUUGGUCAUCUGAUAUGUCACAUUUAGCUUUGCUAUCAAAACAUAAUGUUACCAUCUGUAACAGAAAACUGGAUGUGUUGUGUUCUUUACAUGAAAAUACCAGAGUGAAAUCGGGGGCAUGGGAUGAUACAGGAGUAUUUAUUUACACUACCAGCAAUCACCUGAAAUAUACACUUAAAAAUGGAGAUCAAGGUAUCAUAAGAACACUCGAUCUUCCAGUAUAUAUCACCAGAGUACGAGGAAAUCAAAUAUUUUGUUUAGAUCGCGAAUGUAAACCCAGGAUUCUUACAGUUGAUUCAAUGGAAUAUAAAUUCAAACUCGCUUUAAUCAACCAUAAGUACGAAGAAGUUUUAUAUAUGGUUAGAAACUCACGAUUAGUGGGACAGUCCAUGAUUUCUUACUUGCAACAGAAAGGAUAUCCUGAAGUAGCACUACAUUUUGUGAAAGAUGAUAAAACUCGUUUUACACUCGCCCUCGAUUGUGGUAAUAUUGAAAUAGCUCUAGAAGCCGCCAAAGCUUUGAAUGAUAAAGUAUGCUGGGACCAACUUGCACAAGCUGCUCUGUGGCAAGGAAAUCAUCAGGUGGUUGAAAUGUGCUACCAAAGAACAAAGAGUUUCGAGAAAUUGUCAUUUUUAUAUUUAAUCACUGGAAAUUUAGAAAAACUGAGAAAAAUGAUGAAAAUUGCUGAAAUUAGGAAAGCUAGGUCUUCGCAAUUUCAUGCAGCACUUUUACUAGGUGACUUGGAGGAACGAGUAAAGAUUUUGAAAAGUUCCAACCAAUUGUCAUUAGCAUAUCUGACAGCUGCUACUCACGGCAUGAAAGCCGAAGCAGAGGAACUGAGAGAACAAAUAGGCGAAGAUAAAAAAUUUCCAGAUAUAAAUCCCAAUGCAAAAUUCUUGAAACCACCUCCUCCAAUUCAGCAAGCUGAAUCUAACUGGCCACUGUUGACGGUUACCAGAAGCUUUUUCGAGAAUACUGCAGCUGUUGCUACAGCUUCUGCCAACAUGAAAUCACUAAUGGCCGAACCAAUAUCUGAUGCGGGUUUAGAAGAUGCACAAGGAUGGGGAGAUGAUGACGAAUUAGAAUUAGAUCCCGACGAAAAAAAAGCUGAAGCAGCUGCUUCUGGAGGCGAAGGAGACGGAGGUUGGGACGUGGAAGAUGAAGGUUUAGAAAUACCCGAUUUGGGUCCUUCAGUACCCAUCGAAACAGAAGGCGCUUACAUACAUUUACCAACACAAGGUCCGUCACCUACUCUAACGUGGACAAAAAAUUCACAAUUAGUAGCAGAUCAUGUUGCAGCUGGUUCGUUUGAAUCAGCUGCUAGAUUACUUAACGAUCAACUGGGCGUUGUUGAUUUCAAGCCAUAUGAAUACCUAUUUACAAGUUUGUACAGUAGUUCUAGGACCGUGUAUUCGUGGCAACAAAAUAUACCGCCAGCUUUCAGUUAUCCAUUACGGAAUUGGAAAGACUCCAAUAUGAAAAAUCAACUACCAGCAUCAGGAGUAAAAUUAAACGAUUUGGUAGCAAAAUUGCAGGUUUGCUACCAAUUAACUACAGGAGGAAAGUUCACUGAAGCCAUAGAAAAAUUACAAACACUACUUCUUUCUGUUACUUUACUUGUAGUAGAUAAUAAACAAGAAAUAUCAGAAGCUCAGCAAUUAUUGAGGAUAUGUAGUGAAUAUAUUUGUGGAUUACAAAUGGAAACUUUAAGAAAAACUUUACCAAAAUCUACUCCCGAAGAACAAAGACGACAAUGUGAAAUGGCUGCUUACUUCACACAUUGUAAAUUACAGCCAAUACAUCAAAUAUUAACAUUACGAACGGCUCUAAACAUGUUCUUUAAACUUAAAAACUAUAAAACGGCAGCCUCAUUUGCAAAAAGACUUUUAGAACUCGGUCCCAGACCAGAAGUGGCACAACAAGCUAGGAAGAUUCUACAAGCUUGCGAUUCUAAUCUUACAGACGAGUUUCAGUUACUCUACGAUGAACAUAAUCCAUUUAACUUAUGUGGACAUUCUUAUACCCCAAUUUACAGAGGAAAAGCUGAAGAAAAAUGUCCUCUAUGUGGAACUUCUUAUUUGCCUAAAUAUAAGGGAACAUUGUGUAAUGUUUGUAAAGUUGCCGAGGUUGGCAAGGAUUGUAUUGGUUUGAGGAUAAGUGUACAUCAGUUUAGAUAAAGUAUGGCUAAUAUUUUUAAUAUUAUGUAUUUAAGUAUUAAUAUGUUUAUUAUAUAUCAAAUGUAGGGAUUUAAUUUUUUUUCUAUAAAUUGUACAUUAUUGAAAAAGCGAAUAAAAAUAAUUUUUUGAA